CAAAUCCUUCAACUUGGACCACUUUUUACAACCCUGCAUUUGAGCAACGCCACAACUUGCGCAGCACUUCCUCUUCCACAGCCGAGCGGCAGUUUACACCCCAAUAAGGUAGAGAGAAGAGUGGGGAUCCUCAGCAUCCUUCUCUGCCGCCAGCCAUGGAGCGGGAGGUCAUAUUUUGCCCAAAGUGGCACCGUGCGUUUUGGUUUUUGAUUUUGAUGAUGCUCUGUUUAUUUCAAGCCGCCAAAGCUGACAUAACUUGCAGGUCCUGCCAGCCUGGGAAUAAGUGGCGUGCACAGGAAUUACUGCUGAAAUUUGACACAAGUGAGUCCGCAACAGGAUUAAAGGGAGAAGUUUUUGGACGCGGAGACGGGGCAGGAGGAUCCGGGGCUGCAAGUGCCGAAAGUCGGCGGCUCCGUUGCGCAGCUGGUUCCGCUGAAUGCGCUCCAGAUCGGGCGGAGUACACAGAGCCAAGGCGGCUGAAACGGAAUACAGACAACCUGCAUGCACAAGGCGAAGCUGGUGAGAUGAAAGUUUACAAUGUGAAAAUGAGUCGCCUGGAGAAGAUCAGCGCUGCUGCGGGGUUUACUGCCGCCAGAAAGCGCGCCAGAAGGAACAGUGAUGAUAGAAUCAGAUCAGCUCAGAGUCAAGACCCGGGAGAGAGCGUGAGCUCGGCGGCUGGACGCAGAGUGACGCGCUCCGAGCUGCGCUGGAGCGGAGAGGAGCGCAGAGCCGCCGGUCCGAGGCAGGAGGAACUAAAACUUAACAGUUCAACGUUCGCCCUGACUGGGGACUCAUCUCACAACCAGGCUAUGGUGCACUGGUCCGGCCACAACAGCAGUGUGAUUUUGAUGCUGACCAAACUAUUUGACUUCAACCUCAACAGUGUGACUGAGAGUUCAUUAUGGAGGUCAACCGACUACGGAGCAACGUACCAGAAACUGAAUGACAAAGUAGGAGCCAAGACAAUCCUCAGUUAUUUGUAUGUGAGCCCUAACAACAAGAGAAAGAUCAUGCUGCUGACUGAUCCAGAGGUGGAGAGCAGUCUCCUGAUCAGCUCUGAUGAAGGGGCUACCUACCAGAAGUACCGGCUCAACUUCUACAUCCUCAGCCUGCUUUUCCAUCCUGAGCAGGAGGACUGGAUUCUGGCCUACAGCCACGACCAAAAGCUCUACAGCUCGGUGGAGUUUGGGAGGAGGUGGCAAGUGGUGCAUGAGAGAGUGGCUCCAAAUCGUUUCUACUGGUCGAAGAUGGGUUUGGACAAAGAGCCAGGCUUAAUUCACCUGGAAACCAGCAUCUCUGAAGGACAGGCGCUGUAUGUCACCUGCAAGCUGCAGAACUGCACAGAUGCCAACAAGGGCAAACCAUUCCCCGGCUACAUUGACCCCAAUUCUCUGGUGGUGCAAGAUGAGUAUGUGUUUGUCCAGGUGUCAGCUGCAGGGAGGCCGAUCUACUAUGUGUCUGCCAAAAGAGAUGUCUUUACACCAAUGAAGCUGCCCAAGUACACACUGCCCAAGGAUCUGCAUGUGAUCAGCACGGAUGAAAACCGCGUGGUUGCAGCCGUACAGGAGUGGAACCAGAACGAAACUUACAACCUGUACGUGUCUGACACGUCGGGGGUCUUCUACACUCUGGCCCUGGAGAACGUGGUCAGCAGCAUGGGCCCCGAGGGUAACGUCAUGGUCGACCUCUAUGAGGUAGCGGGAAUAAAGGGGAUGUUCCUCGCCAACAAAAAGACGGACAACCAAGUGAAGACGCACAUCACCUACAACAGAGGCAGAGACUGGAGGUUACUGCAGGCCCCGAGCAAAGACCUGAGGGGCAACAGCGUUCACUGUGUGCUUCCCUACUGUUCGUUACAUCUCCAUCUCCAUGUGUCUGCAAAUCCCUACACAUCUGGAAACAUAGCCAGCAGGGAGUCAGCGCCGGGGAUCAUUGUCGCGUCAGGCUCAAUCGGCUCAGAGCUGACCACCAGCAAUGUCAGCGUGUACAUCGCCUCGGAUGCUGGAAACACUUGGAGACAGAUCUUUGACGAGGAGUAUGCGGUGCUGUAUCUCGACCAAGGAGGAGCCUUACUCGCAAUAAGACACACUCCGCUUCCCAUCCGACACCUGUGGUUGAGCUUUGACGAAGGACGACAGUGGAACAAGUACAGCUUCACCAACACGCCUCUGUUCGUGGACGGGGUGCUGGGAGAGCCUGGGGAGGAGACUCUCAUCAUGACGAUAUUCGGCCACGUCAGUCAUCGCUCAGAGUGGCAGCUGGUGAAAAUAGACUUCAGGUCCAUCUUUAACAGGAGGUGUACAGAGGCGGAUUAUCAGACGUGGCAUCUUCACAACCAGGGCGAGCCGUGCCUCAUGGGAGUGAAAAGAAUCUACCGGAAGCUGAAGCCCACAUCCAGGUGCGUUAUGGGGAAGACAUACUCUGUGUCGAUGACGUCGGGCCCCUGUGACUGUACAGAGGCUGACUUUGAAUGUGAUUAUGGCUAUGAGAGACGGACUGACGGCAAGUGCACUCCCGCCUUUUGGUUCCAUCCAUCAACAAUGUCCAGAAGUUGUACCACAGGGAUGACUUUUCUUAACAGCACUGGCUACAGGAAAGUGGUCUCUAAUAACUGUACAGCUGGAGUCAGCGUGGAGUACACAGCCAGGAGACAGCAGUGCCCCAUCCAAGCACCCAAAGGUCUCCACCUGGUCACCAGUGAGGGCACGCUGAUAGCCACACUGGGCGCUAAUGUCACCUUCCUCGUUUUCCUGGAGGAGGGCGACGGGGCGAGAACAAGCAUCACACUGGACUUCGGAGACGGCCACGCUCUGACCUACUCCAAUGUCAGCUCUAUUGAGGACGGGAUCAAACACAUCUACAAAGCUGUGGGAAUCUACCGAGUGACUGCCACCGGGGAGAACAGCCUCGGCUCAGAGACUGUCAUGCUCUACCUGCAUGUUACAUGUCAGCUGGAGUAUAUCCAUCUCUCAGCUCCCUUUGUGGCGGUGAGGAAUAAGGAAGUGAACCUGACUGCCGUUCUGUGGCCCAGCCAAGUGGGAACGGUCACCUACAUCUGGUGGAUCGGAAAUAACACGGAGCAGCCAGUGAUCACACUCGAGGGAAGUGUGGCGUACACGUUCUCCCGGGAAGGCAUCAGUACAGUCACUGUGCAGGUGUCUGCUGGGAAUACUAUUCUGCAGGACAGAAAAACCAUCACUGUCCACGAAUAUUUCCGCUCUCAUCUGCUCGCCUUUUCAUCAAACCUGGACGACCACAACCCCGAUGUUCCAGAAUGGAGGCUGGACGUGAGCCGAGUCAUCAGGAACUCUCUGAUCCAGGCCACAGGCGUGCGAGAGGAUCAGCUUCUGGUCACCAUCCUCCCAGGUUUACCCACAGCAGCAGAGUUUUUUCUUCUGCCCGACAAACAGCUAACUGAGGGGAAAGCAGAGAAGAACUCUGCUCAUUUAGAUCAGCUCUCAGAGGUUUUGCUCAGCGCCUUGAAUCAAAAUCUUGUCCAGUUCACGUUGCGGCCUGGGGUCCAAGUCACCGUGUAUGCAGCACACUUAUCGGCAGCGCCCCUAGUGGACACCAGUGAGAACCACAGUGGCUCUGCCAUGCUAAUGCUGUUAUCAGUAGUGGUUGUGGGUUUAGCUGUAUUUGUCAUCUACAAAUUCAAGAGGAAGAUCCCAGGCCUCAACGUCUAUGCGCAGAUGCAGAACGAAAAAGAACAAGAAAUGAGUCCAGCUAAUCCAACAGAGGCCACGCCCAGCUCACAGCGGGACUUGGUGCAUUCUUUGGAGAUUCUGGACACAGAGUUUAACUCACGGCCCAUAGGAUGUAUGAAACCUCAUGUACAUGUGAAAUUCUCCACAGAACUCCCCACAUACAUCGUCUAAUCUCUGGACUGGAUUACCACUCCAACUGCGUCAUGAAUAUUUUUUACCAUUUGGGACACAAUGGUUUUGAGCUUUAUACCUGUGCAUGUUGGACCCUGCUGACACAUACUGUGCUCUGUUCAAACCAGAAGAAACUGUGUACAGGUUUUCAUUUUCUUUCAACAUAUGUCAGAUAAAUUAAACAUUUUAAAUACCCAAUUUAUUUAUACAAGCCAGAUACAUAAUUCAGAAAGGAACGCCAGCAUGAACUAGAGAGGGUAAAAAAUGAAAUAAGCAACAAUAUUUUGGUUUUGCUUACAUAUCUAAGAUUGGUUUGCUGUUCUAUGAUGCUAACAGCAGUAGUGUAUUAUUUAUUCAUAUGAAUAUACUUUUAUGAAGUAUGUUAUUGAAGUGAAUUACACAUUUAUUUUGUAAAUCAUGAAUGUCUAUGUUAUAAAUUUGUGUAUUUUAAUAACAAAUGUCAUACUAAACAGAAAUGCUGUUAUAAAAUAUGAAUAGGGUACUUCAAAGCUUUUGGUCCAUUGUCUCUUGGAAAGCUGAUUUAUGGCACAAUACACAUUUUCUACUGAAAUGUUUCCUUUUUUCCCCCUGAAUUUAAUUUAUUAACAAAAUACAGGGUUGGGUUUUCUGGAUAAAUUUAACAUUUGCUGUUAAUCUAAUGCUUCUGGUACUAUUUAUGAAACAUACCAGUUUGUAAAAUGUUUUGUGCUUCAGAAUAAUAGCAACGUGAAGGUGCUACCCUGCACCUUUUGACUGCAAGUGAUCCCCAAAUAUGACAACCAUUACACCUUUUAGGAGUAGAAGAAGAAACAGGGAUGAUGGGAGGACUAUCCCACAAAGAAGAGUAUUCCAAAGUGGUCCUCAACCACACCCAGAUCACAGCCAACAUACCUACUGGAGGCAGAGUACAAUUUAUCAAAGCUCAGAUUUGAGGUGGCAGUUGGAAUAAGAUACAACUACUUUGUGGGAAAAUCCAAAGAGCAUGGCAGCGAAAGAGAGAGAGAGACAGAGAGAGAGAGGUUGAGAGAAAUGGAAGAGCGCUUUUUGGGCCAUGAUGCAUUCAGAGUGUUAUAUUGGACAGAAUAAGAAGAGGUUGACUUCUUGAAUACUUAAUGUAACCAGUCAAGCUCAAGGCUGGCUAAGGUUGGUGACACAUUUAGGCUAAUGUCCUGACCCGCUCUGGAGUAGCACCCAUCUUCAUCCCAGCUCAUUAUAUUGCACUAUAGGAGCAGGAGAAGUAGAGCGCAGAUGCUACCAGGCUACACGGAUGGUUAGCUUGUUCAGAGGACUGUCAAGCCCUGUGGUACUUUGUGUGAGAAAUCUGAUAGAUGUAAAUGCCUGAUUGAUGCCUUUCAAAUCUUCAGAGGCAACAUUUCCGGAUUAGUUUUCCCUACUUUUACUUUAUGGAGAUGUGGAAAUGCAGAGGGAGUGUGGUUUGGGAACUCUGGAUGAUAAUUUCUACAACUGUUCAGUUGUAGCUGUACAGAACUUGCCAAAGUAAAUACAUCAACAACACUAUCCGUAGAGAAUGGACCACACAGAGAGCGACAGUUAGACGACUACAUGCAUCACACUUCAACUGCUAACAGUGAAGAUCUACUGAACACUGAGCUAAGUAUAUCAAGGGAUUUCCCUUGAUACUCAACUCAAAAGUUUAAAAAUAAAUCCAAAUGCGAGUAUUUCUUGGUAGCUCUGUGGUGAAAAUAUCUGUCUUUAAGAUUACAGAUACAAACACAUGAAGUGAUGCUUGUGACACAAAAUCAUUUAAACGAUAAGGCAAGUGGGGCAUCUGCCCAAAGAGUCCCAGUGUGCGAAUUAGUUUGUGAUAAUCUGGUUAACUGCAAUAUGUCCAUUACAUACUGUAUGUACCAGUAAUAUUAAUUUAAAUUGAAAUGAUAAGGGCCUAAGGAGUGUUGGUGUUAACUUUUUGUUCUAACGAGUAUCAUUUACAUUUUGUGAACCUAAAAACAAAAGGUUAUUAUAAGGUAUUGUAAGCUGGUUAGCUGGCUGUCCUCGUGCUGCAGGCAUUGCCCCCUUUACAAGGUGACAGUUCUGUGCAGAGUACCAGAAAAAAAGCACUGAUAGAGAGAUACAUUACAGACAGUAUGAUAAUAACAACCAAAACACAAGAUUCACUCUCAGUGGUUUCUGUCAAAUGGGAAAUACAGCAGCAGUGCCAGCAGUGACGUCAGUUGAGUAGGCGGUCCCUGAUGUGGCCCAGGAUACAUUCACAUUGAAACACUGCUAAAAGAAUGUGGCCAUAUGUGGCACAGACCACCUCUGACUGUGGUCUUACUUGAUUGUUACGCUUCCAGUAGCUCUCCAAUGUAACUCACACCAAAUGUGCUGUUCAGACAGAAGAAACAGUCACAGUAAAGAAAGUUUGGUGUGUCACUGAGGAGUGAAUGUACAAAACAUACAAUUUCUGCUUUUCCCGGCUGUUGAUGUGCAUCAAUCAAUGCUAGGAAGCAGGGCGGUGGCGUAUCCCGGUCGUGUGCUCUAGAGAACAGAUAUAAUGAGCCUGAAGUCUGAAGGGAUGUUUGUCUUGAGCACGUAAGUUGAAUACUGAGGUCCGAAUGUUCAGGUAUAUUCUCGUGUUGUCACUAUUGGUACACAACAAAGAAGUCCAGAGAGAUGUGUUAUCAUGAAGAGUUUCUCUUACUUAAGUCCCAUACUGCUUGUUAAAGGUAUACUGUGGGAAACUGUGAAGCCUUUGGCCACGAUAAGCAGCUGUUCCUCCAUUUUGAUAAAAAGGGAUAGUUCACCCCAAAAUCAAAAAUACAUAUUUUUUCCUCUAACCUGCAGUGUUGUGAGUUUCCAAGUACUGAAGAUAUCAGCAAUAUAUACCUGCCUUCUCUUGAAUAUAAUGGAACUAGAAGGCACUCAGCUUGUGGUGCUAAGUACCAAAAAAAUACAUUUGAAAAACUCAGAGACCAUGUUGUGAACAGUUUCAUGAAGAACAAUUUUAUUUCCAGCAAACUACCAGCCAUAUCACCACGCAGGAGGAAGUGAAGUCAAACAUUGCGGCCAGCUCACCUAUCUCCACUUAGCUAGCUAAAGCUCAGCACGAGCUGUGCCAUGAGUGGAUGCAUGCUUCCUCCUGUGCACACAAACUGUUGGUAUGUGUAAAUCAGUAGAAAGAAAAUGGUUCCUUUAUGAGACUGCUCACAACAAGGUCAGUGGACUAUCUUGACUAAGUGAGUCAUGAUUUCUGUAAAGAAACAUUGCUUUUAAGUUUUUGAAAUGUAAUCAUUUAUGUCACUUUGAGUACCAUAACCCAAGCAAGGUUAUAAUAGUUUUGGAUUUUUCAUUAGUUUUAGUUUUAAUUUCGUUGUGAAUUUUGUUUUCAAAUUCAGUUAGUUUUAGUUAGUUUUUAGAGUGAGUUUGCUAGUUUUAGUUUAGUUUUUAUUUGUUGAGAAUGCUUAGUUUUAGUUUAGUUUUUAUUAGUUUUAGUGUUAGUUUUAGUUUUUUUGUAAUGGUUAUGUGCCUUAAUUUCCUUUGGUUUAUCCAUCUUAGCCCCAAUAAGGUUAUUAACUCUUACAGUUCGGGGUGUUUUGUAUUUUGGUUGAAGUGUAGACAUCCCAGUCUCAGUAAACAUAUUUACCAUGUGUUCUUGCAUGUUGAAAUAGAAAACUGAAAACUGAAUUAUGUAUGAAAAAAGUUGACAAAGACGAAAACUAGGGACAUUUUCACUAUAAUUUUAGUUAGUUUUAGUUAGUUUUGUAACCACACAAUACAGUUUCAGUUAGUUGUCGUUUUUGAAAAAACUCUUGUUUUUAUUUUUAUUUCAGUUAACGAAAAUGUUUUUUCAAUUUUAGUUUUCGUUAUUUUGUUAGUUUUCGUUAACUAUAAUAACCUUGAACCCAAGAGCCAUAAAGUUCCAUUAUAUUAAAUAUAAGGCACACAUCUCUAUAGGCAAUGUCCCCAAUAAUCAUCAACUCACCCCAAAUCAAUAUAGACUGAUGAUUGGCAUUACAGGAGAGAUAAAAUAUGUAUUUCUGAGUUUGGGAUGAACUGUCCAAGUAAGUUCCUUUUUUGAAGCUGAGUAAGGCUAUUUGCAUAAAGUCGAACCUUUCUCAACUUCCCUAUGUUGUGCUGUUGAGCAACUUUUCAGUAAUUGAGUAGUAGUGGACAGCACCACUGGCAAGAUCCUGCCAGUGUGUGUUGCUCUGAGAUACAUUUUUUUUAGUUGAGGUGUGAUAAAUCAGUUGAAUCAGUGAAGCGUUUAUAUUUUAAAGCUGCAUGCUAAGACGAUCUUGGUAUCAACUCUUCGUUCAUCUUCAUUUCCAUAGUAGCUGUGUGUGUUCCGUCUGAGGCUGUAGGACAGAAUUUGCACCCAGCUAUGAAGCAAUUUAUUUUCUUCCAUUGCAUGGUUUAUAGGGGUAAUUUUACAUACUGGUGGUUGGACUUUUUGUAAAUCAGCAACAUCAAUGAAAUGUCAAAGAAUGUAGCAAUACAAUAAUAAUUGGAUUUCCUAUGGUUAAGGAAAUUAAUUCCUUUCAUUAAUGACGUAAGUACUGAUUUAGUUCACAUUUCAGAUUUAGAAAAUAGCUCCUGGCUCUGAUUUUAACAGCUUGAGGAAACAUAUAGAAGCCUGUAACCCCAGACCCACAGUCAGAAACAGCACAUUACCAGUCCUAACCUUAACCCCAGGGAACAGGAAGUGAAAUUGACCAGACAAGAUCAGGAGGUCUGUCAUAAUAAAAGCACCUUCUGUCGUUGUGUGUCAGUGGGAGGGGGACAGGUCGAACAGACAGGAAGCGCUCUCUGGCCUCCUGGUUAGGAGGAGCUGUGAUGUGACUGAGAGUGUGGGAAACAGCAUCAAGUUGUAGACUAUCUUUGAGCCACUCUUUCUUCCUUUCUCUCCCUCUCUCCUCUCUAUAUCCUCCUUCCAACAGAAUUAGCAAGAUUAUUAUUUUUGUAGAGAAAAAUUAAUAAUAAUAAAAAAAGACUUUUAUUACUGUACAGCUUUUGUAUAAGAACAGACGGUAAGGUGUUACAGUGUUUUUGUUUGACCUCAACUGUGCUGUGUGUAAUUGUUUUAUGCAUUUAUAAUCAUAUUUAUUAAAUGGAAAGACGUCUGUUAA